CCUCUGCCCUCCUCCGCUUCUUCUCUCGGCCGUCCACUCCUACCCUCGGCACCAUGUCCAACCCGGCCGUCCAGAACCUGGUCAUCUCUCUCGUGGUCAUGCAAGUCGCCCGGAAGAUCGACUUCACGGACCCGCAGGUGCUCACGUACGCCCGGAUAGGCUACGUCGCGAGCCAGCUCAUCAUCCUCGGCACCUACUUCUUCGUCUCGCACAAGAUCACGACGAAGAACGACCAGACCGUUCUCAAAUAUGUCGAACCCGCGAACCCGAUGACCCAAGACGACGGCAAGCUCGUCACCACCACCGUGCGCGACUACGACCUCUCCGAGACCUCCAAGCUCCUCCGCGGCGCCUACAUCGGCAUCGCCAUGAUGGCCUUCCUCCACGGCUACCUCGGCUACACCCAGCCGCUCUUCAUCCAGGCCCUCAUGGGCCUCAAGAACCUCUUUGACGCCAAGCCCGUCGCCAUCCACCUCUUCGGAAAGCCCGCGGAGGGCGACCUCAAGCGCCCCUUCAAGGGCGCCGGCGGCAUGUUCGGUGCUGCGGCAGAACCCAAAACCGACGCAGCUUCCAUCGCCGAGGCGGAGAAGAAGAUCGGCAAGAAGGAGGAGUAGAGAGUUUACAUUGCGCAAAACUCACUCCUGUUGUAUCCCUGCUCGAUGUUAUUCUACGCGUCACAUAAAAAAAAAACUCUUUAUCUCUAC